AUGGAAAGUUACAACAUUGAAGAUGUUGUUAUGAUAUAUGGUCAUAAAGCAAUAAUCGAAAGUAUUCAAAAUGUUGAAAAUAUAAAAUCUGAUAUACAACCAAAUAAAAUAUAUGUAGGAAAAUAUGUAAAUAAAAAAGGUUAUUCUGAUGGGACUUAUAGAAAAAAAAAAAUAUAUACACCUCAAAAUGAUGAACUGGUUAUAAUUUGUUCUUAUAAUUCUAUUAAACCAUAUAAUGAGGAAGAAAGCGCCUGUACUAUGAUUCAGAAAAUGUUCAGAGGAUAUCAAGGAAGAAAAAGUUUUCAUUCUUUUGUUUGUUGCACCGUGUGGAGAAAAUUCGAUCACAUACACGAAUAUAUAACCCUUAAUAAUCAUGAUGAAAUUUAUAAACCCUUAAUAAAAACAAUAAAAAGAGAUAUCAAAAAAGGAAUAAUUCAAUUCCCAUCAAAAUGUUUCUCCAGCAAUUCUAAUCAAUUCUCUCGAGUUUCUACAACAUCUUAUGAGUCUUCUGCUUAUAACGAAAACGUUCCAAGAUUAAAAGACAAAAUUGAUCGCACUUUUGCUACAGAAAUGUUUCAUUUUUUCUUAACAUCCAAAGAAAUAAUAUUACCAUACAACUUGGUUAGCAAAAUUUUGAUCAAAACAAAAAAAAUGCUCGAGGAAAAUAUAAAAAGCUCCGUUAUAAAUCUGGACAUAUCCAAAAAGUCCAAAGACACCAAAUUAAUUAUAUUAGGAGAUGUCCAUGGGCAACUUCAUGAUGUUCUAUGGUUGUUCAAUAGAUUUGGAAUACCAUCAUCCACAAAUAUAUAUAUUUUUAAUGGAGAUAUAGCAGAUAGAGGAGAAAAUGCAACGGAAAUAUUUAUUUUGUUAUUUAUUUUUAAAUUAAGUUGUAACGAUAGUGUUAUAAUUAAUAGGGGUAACCACGAAUGUUCUUAUAUGAACGAGGUUUACGGAUUUUACAACGAAGUUCUUUCAAAAUAUGAUAACACAAUUUAUGAUCUCUUUCAAAAUAUAUUUGAGCUACUAGGACUAGCCGUUAAUAUACAAAAUCAAAUAUUUGUUGUGCACGGAGGUCUAUCUAGAUAUCAAGAUAUAACACUGAAAGAAAUCGACGAACUCGAUAGAAAGAAACAGGAAAUCCUUCAUCCAGAACAAUAUGAAGAUAUAGUAAUUUUUGAUCUGUUAUGGUCAGAUCCUCAAAAAAAAGAAGGAAUAGGAGGAAAUGCACGAGGGAAUAAUUGUAUUACUUUCGGGCCUGAUGUAACAGAAACGUUUUUAAAAAAUAAUAAUUUAGAUAUUUUGAUAAGAUCUCACCAAGUACCUAAAACUUUAAAAGGUAUUGAAAGUCAUCAUGAAGGGAAAUGUAUAACUCUUUUUUCUGCUUCAAAUUAUUGUAACAAAAUAAAAAACCUAGGAGCUGCUAUUAUAUUUAAUCAAGACCUUACUUUUGAAGUGCAAGAAUAUAUGUCUCCUUCCCUUGAAGUUAUAAGAGAAACGUUUGAAGAAAAUCAAAAAUUAAGAGAAAAAGUUCUGCACUGUUCAAAAAUAGUGGAGCUGGAAAAAAAUGAACAAAAAAACAGUAACAAGUUGUCUACAGAAGGGCUUAUGAAUGAUAUCCUAAAUUGUCUAAGUACCAUAAUAUGUAACGAAAAAAAUUCCUUAUGGAACAAUUUAUACAAACAAGAUAAAGACAAAAAAGGAGUAGUCCACAUAAACAUAUGGAAGGAAGAAUUAGGAAAGUUGAGCAAGACGAAAAAGGUACCAUGGAUAUAUUUGUGUAGGAAAUUAAAAAUGAUUGAGGAUUAUCAUGUGAAUUAUAAUAAUAUUUUAAGCAGAUUUAAAAUAAAUUAUGCACCAAAUGAAAAAUUCUUAAACACAGAAUGGAAAAAUGAAUGUUUUGAACAUUUAUAUGAAGCUUUAUUAAAAGCGGAUUUAAGUUUAAGAGAGACGCUUAUGGUGUUUGAUAAAAAUUUAGAUGGAAAAGUAUCCUUUGCUGAAUUUGAGCAGGUUUUACGGGAUUUAAAUAUAGAUUUAUCCAAUGAACAAAUAAGGAUAUUAGUCAGAUUGAUAAAUAGCAAUUCCUUAUGUAAUAACACCAAUUUACAAGAAAAUAAUAAAAUCGAUGUUGCCGAAUUUAUCGGUAAAAUGCGUGUAUGUUAUCGUUUGUCUAUAAAUAAGGAUUAUGUAAACAAUGAAAAAAUACAAAAACUAAUCGAAACGAUAGGGAAACAUAUUUUAUCAGAUAGUGCAGAUACAGCUAAUUAUCAUUAUAAAUUUUAUGAAGAAAAUAAUGAAAGACAUAAUUCUGAGAGAAGAAAACGAUCUAGUGUAAUCAAGUCCGUUGCUUUGUUCCAGAAAUUUAAAAACUAUGACAACUUUGGAAAUG